GCCACCCAAAUGCACCUUCUUCCUUCUUUCUCCUUCGCUUAGAGAGGUUGAGAAACUUGAGAACAUGUCCAAAUACGUCUUGUGCAUCGUCCUGAUGUUUUUGCUUGUGAAACCGGAGCCGUCGACUGCGGUCACUUGUGACCCAAUGCAGCUGAGUUCAUGCGCUAGUGCGAUAAGCUCCUCGAGCCCGCCAUCGGCCAUGUGCUGUGCCAAGCUCAAGGAGCAAAAGCCUUGCCUUUGCCAGUACAUGAAGAACCCCAACCUCCAGAAGCUCAUCAACUCUCCUAAUUCCAGGAAGGUGGCAAUCCAGUGUGGCUCUCCAUUUCCCUCUUGUUGAUCUCUCUAGUGGCGGACCCUCUAGUAGUGGUUGCUUUCUGUGUGUUUUCCUGGAGUGUGGUUGAAUCCCCGCAGGAAGUAGCAGUGA